CCGACUUAAUUUUGCUAGUGUGACGGCUUGAACCUUUAGCGGAUGUUGGCGGGAGAAAGAGGAGUUUCGGAAGAAACCCUAACCAAAUUUCUGUACUGAUGGAAACUCUGCCACCAAAACAAGAAGCAGAAGAAGAGAAUUCGUUGUUAUUGAAGAGACUAGAAGAACUAGAAGCUAAAAAUGUACAUCUUCAACAAGGAUUCUCCAAUUUGGUUCAUCAUAAUCCAGCAUCCCACGCAGUUUCUCCUCACCAGUGGAAAUUAGCUGACCCUAGAAGAAAAUACAGUAGAUGUGAUCCAAAAAACCCCAGGGAAGGAGUUGGAAUUGAAUCAUUAGUUGGUUUUUGUUUUAAUAUUUGUCAGUCGGUAGGUCAAUCACUCCAUAUGUUCGAUCUCAAUGACCGCAUCAUUUACUGGAAUCAAGGGGCUGAAAAACUUUACGGACAUUCUGCUUCGGAAGCACUUGGUCAGAGUAACAUUAAACUCCUUACGGAUGUCCAAUACUAUGGUGCAGCAGCUGAGAUAAUACAAAACAAUACCAUUGGGAAUACCUAUACUGGGGUGUUCCCGCUAAAGAAUAAAGCAGGGAACCUAUUUGUAGGCAUUAUAACCAAUAGCCCAUUUUAUGAUGAUAAAGGUAAUUUGCUUGGGGUUAUUUGUGCCUCUGUUGAUUCAAAACCAUUUCGGCAAAUCACUCAAAAUCAGCCUUCUAGCUCCUAUCUUAGCUCCACGCAGCCUGGAAGUGGUGGUGGUCCGGCAAUGACACCUGAUGUUGGUUCCCAUAUGCCUCUGCAAUCUGGGAUUGCUUCUAAAUUUUCUAAUCUGGCAUCUCGGAUUACCAAUAAAGUCAGGUCGAAAAUGAAGCCUGGUGAUUGUACCUUGGAUGGUGAGACCCAGAAUGCAGAUAGAUUUUAUUUUGAUCAAGGGCUGUCGGAGACUAUUUUCUGUGACCAUAGGAAUGAGCGAACUUUAAGUGAGGCGGUAGAAGACCUGCUCCCAUCUCGCAUUGGUGUUACUUUUAAAACUCCCACCGUGGAAUUAUCCACUGAAAAACUUUUCAGAGGUUUUGGGGGUGAGGGUAAAUGCGAGAUUGGUUUCCGCAAGAACAUAACAUCUAGAGCAGAGGCUUGGAUUAGCAAGAAGAGGAUGUCGUUGCAGUGGUUGAAUCAUGAAUGUGAAUCUGACUUUGAUCAACAAAAUAGGUGUGAUGACAAUGAUAAACCCGGAAUCCAGGUUGUUGAAAAUGAUUUGUCUGGGAAUGAAGCCUCUACAUCAUUGUCUUCUUUUUCUAAUUCUAACAACAAAAGUAGCUUAGUUGGUAGCAUCAGUACCAGCAGCAGUUUUCAUCACACAUUUGAUAUGGAAAUAGACUCCGCGCAUUACGAUAUCAUGUGGGAAGACUUGGCAAUCAGUGCACAGAUUGGAAGCGGUUCAUGCGGAACUGUGUAUCGUGGUCUGUGGUGUGGCUCGGAUGUUGCAAUAAAAGAAUUUUCCAAGAUUGAGUACUCAGAUGACUUGUUACAUUCUUUCAGACAAGAGGUACUUCUUAUGAAGAGGCUUCGACAUCCAAAUGUACUGCUUUUUAUGGGAGCAGUAACUUCACCCCAGCACCUGUGCAUCGUCACGGAGUACCUUCCAUGUGGAAGUUUGUAUCAGUUGCUUCGACGUAAUACUGCUAGAUUAGAUUGGAGGCGCCGUGCUCUCAUGGCCGUGGACAUUGCGCACGGUAUGAAUUACCUUCAUCGCUGCAAACCACCAAUCGUGCAUCGUGAUUUGAAGUCCUCGAAUUUGUUAGUAGAUAAGAACUGGAAUGUGAAGGUUGGUGAUUUUGGUCUUUCAAGAUUCAAACAUUCAACGUAUCUCACAACAAAGAUGGGGAAAGGAACGGUUUGCACUGUAACUUUGCCUCAACCACAGUGGAUGGCUCCAGAGGUGAUUCGUAAUGAGUCCUCGGAUGAGAAGUCUGAUGUCUAUAGCUUUGGAGUUGUACUGUGGGAGCUUGCGACGCAGAAGGUCCCUUGGGAUACACUUAACACGGUGCAGGUGAUCGGUGCUGUGGGUUUCAUGGACCGACGAAUGGAGAUCCCAGAAGACAUUGAUCCACAUUGGGCUUCUCUAAUUGAGAGCUGCUGGCACAGUGACCCAAAAUGUCGGCCAUCAUUUGAAGAACUGCUAGAAAAAUUGAAAGUUCUACCGAGUCGUUAUUCCUUUCAGAAGUCCGGAGCAAAUACCAGGUUAUCGGGUGAUUGUUAGUAUAGAAGGUAGAAAUUAGUAGGUGAAUCCCCGCAAACAAUCUAACACACACAGAGAAACUAGAAGAGAAGGAAGAGUGAAAGCAGCUAGAGGUGUCAAACUUGAGUAAGGUUCAGACCUAAAUUCUGAGGCUGUAUCCAGAGCUAUCGGAUCACCUUUGUGCUAUUUUGUUUAAAAUUGCUUUUAAAUUCUUUUUUUUUUUUUUUGGAAGGUGUUAGCUUUUAUAUUCGGUGGUGUAUCCGUCAUAAUCUCGUGUAAAAACCCCGUAAAAUGCUUCAUAUCAUCAUCAUUAUAAAGUUCAUGUAUGUAAUUGUUCUCAAUUCUCUUCUCACUAAUUUGAGGUCAGCUGGUUUAUAAUAAACUUUGUUCAGUGUUUUUUCUUGUAUAGUUGCUGCAUGUCCGC